UGGCCACGUGGGGGUGGGGUUCUAGAACGCGGCUGCGUCACAGCGAGGCUCAAGGAGAUUCCGGGCGUCUCUCUCGCCGAGCGGAGCCGGUGCAACCGCAGCGUCCGAGGCCGCGAUGCCCAGAGGCGGCCGGAGCGUGGGGUCCCGCCCGACGGCGGCCAGCAGUCCAGCAGCUUCUCAGGCUCACCCCCCUGCUCCCCCUCCUCCUUCUGCUGUGGCCAUGCCAGCCCAGCCUCAGCAGCCUGGCUUGAUGGCCCAGAUGGCUACCACUGCAGCGGGGGUGGCCGUUGGCUCCGCCGUGGGCCAUGUAGUUGGCAGUGCCCUCACGGGGGCCUUCAGCGGCGACAGCAGCUCCUCCGAGCCAGCGAAGGCGGCCAGCAGCCCUGCCCAGGAUUCCAGGCAGGUGCCCACCCAUCAGCCGUCCCAGUAUGGACCUUGCCUCUAUGAGAUGAGGCAGUUCCUGGAGUGUGCUAGUAACCAGAGUGACUUGACCUUGUGUGAGGGCUUUAAUGAAGCCCUGAAGCAGUGCAAACAGGCCAACAGUGUGACUUCCCUCUUGUGAAGAAAUGAGAAAGGUCAAUACUGAGCCAUGAAGGUAAUGGAGAACCUGGAUGUUGAACUUAAGAAGAAUCCUGACUGGCACAAGAGAAAGGCUGAGAAUCUGACCAGCUCAAUCAGUUUUUCUCAGCUGUAGAUUUAUAAUAAGGAGAGGUUUUAAAUGCAAGGAUAAAUGGAUUUUUGUACAGAGGAAAGUCAAAUAAAAGCAGGUGGUUUAUUUAAAACUA